CUAAGUCAAGUCACACUCGGGCGCUGCCCUGGUUCGUGUGACACCUGACACCACGCCUCUUCCCCUUGGCACCGCGGGGCCUUUUGGUUUCAGAUAAUGGCGCCUCGUGUGCGCGGCGGGCGCCCGCCGCCCUGCUCUACCUCUCCAUCUCUUCGUACCUCUCUCCCCCACCACCACUACAUGCACACAGGCCGUGGCGGACUGCAGCAGCGGCCAUGUCUCUCCAGCCCGGUACCACGCAGCUGAGGACCUUCACUCGCUCGCUGCUCACCGAUGGCACGCGGACGGUGACGACCUUCACCGAAGCUAUCUGGGCUGUGGCUACUAGAGCUCCCGGCGGCGGCCGCACCACCACCACCAUCCGCAUCCUUGUUUCGCCUUCGACUACCAGUCGCAAUAUUGGGAAUGGGAGGUCUUCUUCAUCUACCCCUGCUCUUACUUCGUCUUCUUCUUCAUCGUCCUCCACUUCCUUAACGACCAGUGCUUCUGGGGCGUCCAACACCGCUUCUUCAACCCUGCAAAGCAGCCACCAUGGCUUCACAUCUGGCGCCGUGGCUGGUGCGGCUGUAGGCUGUCUCAUCGCCGGAGCACUAAUCGCUUUCCUGCUCGCCUUCUUCCUUUUCCGCCGGAAGCAGCGGAAGCACGAAGCGAGCGUUGCGGCUGCUAACAAUUAUGACGCCUAUCACGCUCCCGACAGGAAGACGCCGCUGGCUCCUGUGCCUGUUGCUCUUGGAGAGAAGUCUGCCGCUACUGGAGGCACAGCUGCGACUGGUAUUGCUGCUCCGCCGGCUUCGCCUAGUUGGCUGGCGUAUCUCCCUCCGUCGGCUUCGGAUCACACCAUUGCCACUGCUGUCAAGACCUUCUAUGAUCAAAUAGAACAGCACGUCGACACCUUCUACUCCCACAGCCCAACAUCCGAUAGCAGCAGCGGAGCUCAAGACGCGCAACAAAGUCGCCAACCGCUGUCUGAGAUCGACAGCGGGAAAUUACCAGGACGAAUCGAGGAUCUGAUGCAAGAGUCCGCCAUGGUGCUUCCGGUCAUCAAGCACUCCAUUGCCGAUCUGCUCAUCACGCGACUCUCGCCGCUCGCCUUCGCAGAGACGUCGCUACUUCCGCCUCACUUGGCUGAGUUUCCUCAGCGGCUGCAGGAGUCGCCUGCUUCUUCGCCUGCUGAGGCUGCUGCAUCCCAACAAGCAUACUCCCAAUGGCGCCUCCUAACGGCAUACCUGUACCCCUCGCCAGAAUCAACAAGUGCCUACGAAGACGACCGCGACGCCAAAACAGCCGAUAUCUCCUCCCUGCUCGCCUCAGCCUUCGCUCCCUGGCAACAAGAACAGCAUCAGAAGCAAACAAAAGUGAGCAGCAGCGGAGACAGCGCCAGCAGCACAGAUAGUUCCAACGACGAUGACGAAGAGAGCAGUCUCCACCAGCAUGAACGCACUCUGAUCGCCACUGCCGCGAAUCUAGGCAUUCUACUCAUGAGCCAGGCGGCGGCGUUUGAGUUUCGAUGGAGUCCUGCUGGUGCGGCGGCGGCGGCGGCGGAGGGGGGAGUGAGGGAGGUGGGUGUUGUCGUUGUUGCGCCUGGGUUUUGGAGGACGACGGAUGAUUCCGGAAGGGGGUUGGAAGCUGGGACGGCGAGGGAGAUGGUUGAGGCGAGGGUUUGGAGGAGUUAGCCCCGUAUCCUUUAAACGGAUUGUUUGGCAGUGGAUUGGACAGGACGAUUU